UGGCCUGGCAACCAGAUGAGGCUUCGCAGUCAUCCCCGCAAGCUUCACUGCUAGCUAGCCGUUAGCUCCAGCUAGUGUUCGCCUUCUUGCAAAAACGGUACGGAAUUUCACCAUGUCCUCGCGAACCCUGCCCCUCCUCUUCAUUAAUCUCGGCGGAGAGAUGCUUUAUAUUCUGGACCAGCGACUUCGAGCCCAGAAUAUCCCGGCUGACAAAGCGAAGAAAGUAUCCAAUUCAGCUGCCUGGAAAGAGGAUGACAGACGAAGAGUUAUGAAUGACAUCAUUACCACUAUGUUCAACAAAAAGUUCCUGGAAGAGCUCUUCAAGCCUCAGGAGUUGUAUUCCAAGAAGGCCCUGAGGACGGUGUUUGACCGACUAGCCCAUGCGUCCAUUAUGAGACUGAACCAAGCAAGCAUGGACAAGCUCUAUGACUUAAUGACCAUGGCGUUUAAGUAUCAGGUUCUCCUUUGUCCUCGGCCCAAGGACAUCCUCCUCGUGUCAUUCAACCACAUGGAUGCGAUCAAGGAGUUUGUGAAAGAUACUCCAAGUGUCCUCGGUCAAGUUGAUGAGACGUAUCACCAGCUGAUAGAGAUUUACACACCGUUGUCAAGUGGUGAAUUCCAGUUAAUAAGGCAAACACUUCUUAUAUUUUUUCAAGAUAUGCAUAUUAGGGUUUCUAUUUUCCUGAAGGAUAAAGUGCAGAACUCGAACGGCCGCUUUGUGCUUCCUAUUUGUGGCCCAGUGCCCUGUGGGACUCAGAUCCCGGGCUUGAUAAGGAUGUUCAGCUGCACUGGUGAAGAGGUCAGCCGGCUACAGUUCAAUAACGGGGGAAACUAUGCUGCUGCUCUCCGAGAGGGUUCUUUUGACCUGUUUGGUGAUAGAGUCACCAGACUUGGGACAAACAUGUACAGUGUGUGUCGUCCAGUUGAAACGCAUAUUUCAGGAACGUCCAAAAAUUCUGCACAGCACACGAAGGUCAACACCGCCCCCAACCCUCUGGCCAAAGAAGAACUGAAUCUGUUAGCUAAGUUAAUGGGUGGCUUAGAUUGUCAGACACCAGGGAACACAGACACUGGCUUUCGAGUGAAUCUUUUUGCGACUGAUGAGGAGGAAGAAGAGGCAUUAGUAUCAAGACCGGAUGAACUGUCAUAUGGAGUCAUUAACAUCCAAGCAACAAAGGACCAACAAACCAAUGCUGAGCUAGCCAAGAUCAUCGGCGAGUUCAGUGUGUCUCAAGAACAGUCUUCUAGUGGAAACAGUAAAGGUGAUGACCUUCUGGCCAUGAUGGAUGGCCUGUGAACUAAUUGACCAAUUGCUCACGCUUGCUCUAAAGUCUGCUGCUGCUCCAAUGACUUGAGAAAGAGGUCCCGCCCGUAUGAGUGCAUAACUAGGUGUUUGUGAAUGAAGCCAACCAAAUAAUACGUAACAUAAUUAACACAUUGUGAGAAACGGUCCCAUUUCUAUGUACAUGAUUGUCAUUUUCAAACAUGCGUAUUGUAUUUCAAUCCUGAUAUUUUGGCUCAUAUUGUGCCAUUAUAAUUGACUAUGUAUUAAGACACUAAAUUACAGAUGAUUUCAGCAUUGAAUUGUCAAAUGCAACAAUGCACCGUCAAGGUUUUUUGCUCAUUUCAAACACUGCUGCAAGGGCGGCUGGACUAACUGCCCUUUCUCAUGUGAUCCAAACCGGUUGUGUAAUCUUAACAUGAAUCCAUAAAUUUUCCAGUUACUCCCAGAGUAUUGUGGUUUGGACGGAGUGCAUUGUAAAUGUAUUUAUUUAUUCGUGUCAAUGUGUAUAGUAAGGUUAACUUGCGAUGUUAGAAUGUGCAUUUUGAUAAACAAUUAUAAUAA